ACAGGCUGGCUCAGGGGGGCAGGGAAUGAGACACGGGCCCUGUCCCCUCUAGGGGCACCAGCUCCCAUCGGGCCCCAGGUCCGUGAGCUGCUUCCCCCCAGCUCUGCCAGUGCCCCUCACUCCCGACCCGCAGCCCCUGCUAGCCCAGCCCCCCACUCCCACGCCCUGCUCGCCCGGGGGCUCUAGAACGCCUGGGUUCUGUGAGGCGGGUUCCAGAACGGCCGAGCCCCUGGCCCUGCCCCACCGCUUGGCGCCCCCCGGUGCGCACAGCCUGCCCGCCCGGUGCUGAGGGUCUCCGCCGUGUGCUCCCUGCAGGGGGCGCUCCUGGCACGGGGAGGGAGCUGCCCCCACCCCUGCCCCUGCCUGCCCAGGGCUCGGGAUGAAGACGGGCUCGGACCCCCGCCCGCCCCUGCCCCUGCUCUGCCUCCUGCUGGUGCUGAGCGUCGGGGGGGCUGGUGCCACAGGGAUAGGCAGCUUCUUCAGACCCCUGACCUGCGCUCAGCACCUCUCCCUGCGGCGGCCCUGCGGCGGGAACCCCGAGAGCUUCUACGCCAGCCAGUGUCUGCAGAGGAAAUGCUGCCACGACAACGGCACCUGCUACCACCGCGCCAUCGACGCACCGCGCCAGCGCCGGAACGCCGGGAUCCUGGGGGGGGUCUGUGUGGGGGCCGCCGGGCUGUUCCUCUGCGUCUGUGUCGCCUGCAGACUCAAGGGCACCCGGGCAGCAGGGAAGGAGACAGGGGAGCCGAAGUCGAAGUCGGAUGCAGAGGUGGCUGAUUAUCUGACGAAGCUGCUGGAGGAGAGCGACCAGGAGGAAGAGAAGGGGAUGGAGCCCAGAGAGGAAGAGCCAAAAGAGGGGGGGGAGUAGGGACAGGCUGGGUGACCCCCCACACACACAGCUGGGCUGCUGCAUCCCUCACACAAUAAAGGGUUAAUUUCCCCCCCCAUUUCUUUCCUGAUCAGCUGGGGGGUGGGGCAGAUGCUGUUCCCACAUUCCCUUCCCCCAUCUGGAUCCCUGUAUACACAGCCCCCACG